UUCACUGGCAUAAGCUCCCUUGCAGGUCUUUGCAGCUGCUACCAGCAAGGGAAGACUGGGCUGAGCUCUUCCUUCUAACCAUGUGGCCAGGCGCCUGACCACGUGGGAAGGCAGAGGGGGAGGAGAUUUAUUGCAGAGCUCGCCCUAGCUUCCAAGUUCCUGGAGUCUGUGCGUAAGCAAACGUCCCAGGGAGCGAGGUUCAUUUUGUGGCCUAUGAAGAUUAACUAACAUCCCUUUAAAUACCUGCCCAGAAUUUUGUCGUCUUGUGGAACGUGCAGCAGCAGCUCUGCAAGAUGCUGCCCAGUCCUGGUGUUUUUUAUUUUCCUUGGGAAAUUAACUCUGGAUCAGUCGCAGAUGGGGAGACACUGCGAACAUUUGGCAGGUUACACUGUUAUGACAUGGUCCAGUCUGAAGCCAUCCUGACAGCCCUGCGCAGUUCAGUCCAGCACCAAGUCUGUGUUUGCACCAAAUUUGUGGAACCGUUUCAAGCCCAGCUUGGAUCCCUAUAUGUGGUUCUGGGAGAGACUGAGCAGAGGGAUGGUGAGGGCCCUGUGCUGAAGGCUCGGGUGCUGACGUGUGUGGAAGGGAUGAAUCUGCCCUUGCUGGAGCAGGCAAUACAGGAACAGCGGCGAUAUUUCCAAGAGAGACUGGGGCGGAUGGAGAGCAGUGCCUCCUAGUCUUGCUGGAGGAAGGUGUUGCUGGACUGAGUCCAGGUCUCAAAUGCAUCACCUGCCUUCCGUCCUUCUUUGCACCCCUGAUCUUUUGCUGUUUUGGCACCAUGAUCCCCAGUCCAGUUCUGAGGUUGCUGUCCCUUUCCACAGUGUUUCAAGUUUUGGAUGUUCCCCAAAUGUGCAUUUGCCUUAGGUGUUUUCAGGGGCUCAUUUUUAUCACUCUUUUCUGUCCCGUCACAUCAAUGGGGAUGAACUGAGAGCCUGUGAAAGUUGGGGAUACCAGUGGUUUUAGCAGGUUUGCCCUCACACUUCUGUCAAUAAGCCUUAGACUUAACCUGAAAUACCCUCCACUAUUCCAGUCGUGACCCUUACAAACUCCCAUGGUUCCAGUGCUCAAGCCUGUCUGGAAAAGAGGCUGGGAAGCACGCUGAAUUGAAUGCAACUUUAAGAAAAUGUGCCCAGAGGACAAGACCAAAUCCUCAUCCCGCAAGAGCUGAGUCAGGAUUUGAACCCAGAUCUCUAGAAACAAGAAAAUGACGCACCCGUUUAUUACAUUAGUUGGUGCGUCUUUGCAGUUAAAGUCAAUAUCGCAGACUGAGACGAGCAUGGACUGUGUCUGUUGACGUCAGUGGGAGUUGGGUGUGUGCGUUUGAGGAAGGAAUUUGACCCAAUGAAUUCUGAAAUAUAAAAUUGUGGUGCCUCACAGAUGGAAGUUAGUCAUUUGUUUCCCUCCCUUACAGGAUGAGGGCAGGAGAAAGUCUGAUCUUGGGGGUGCUUUCCUUUAAGCAAACCUAAAUUGUCUCUGGUUUAUUAUUGUAUUGCACAUGUUCUUUGACUGAAGUGAUCAUAAAUAAAGGAGAUGAAAAGAG